AAUGUCGCAUAUACCGUACGUUCUGCGUUUCAGUUCGAGCUGCGCCGCUGCAUCGUGCGGCACGGUUUUCCCUUGAUACGAGGGACUCGUUAACGUUAACGUCGCGUCGCGUGAAUAAGGGAGGGAACAAGCGGAGGGAAAGUGUAUCGCGGAACACCCUGUUCUACUUUCUCAAAAGUGAAGAUAAAAUAGGCAGAAUAUUUUAUAAUAUACGAGACAUUUAUUCUUCGGAGCGUUGUGUCGAAGUGAGUACUCCGUUAUUCGCUCGCGACGCGUGUGUACACACGUGGACGCGUGUCAGGUGACUCAAUGGACGGAGUAGUUGUUAGUCGGCGUAUUACUUGAGGCCUAUUUAAGGUAUAACGAGUUUCAGUCGUAGCAACUCACGUGUACGCAACUCGUGACAUAACCGCGUACAUUCAUUCUUGAAAAAAAAAAUUACGUCUUAAAAGACAGAGCGUGAAUUUAUUCUGUGAAUGCAUACUUCAUGUUUUGAAUUUAUAUCUCACUUGGAAAGAAAAAUGUAUGACGUUCUUGUGUAAUAAAUUUUACUGAUGAACAAUCGCAAUACUUGUGAAUAGGAAGAGUCAAAUAAAAAAAAAAUUGAAGAAAAAAAUAUAUUUCACCAGUGAAAUAAUUUCGUUUUACAGUCUUGUGUUCGCACCACGGUCGCCAAGACUGCAGAGAGGGUUGUGCGCGCGAUAAAGAAAGAAUCGAUCGCCAUUGAAUCCCAUUGAAAAUCUUUCAAACUGGGCGACAGAAAGGGAAAGCAUCGAAGAGUGAGAAUGGCGGACGAAGAUCAGCAAAGUCAACGGCCGGCCCCCAGAAACAAAAUCCUGAGUCACCUGCCGACCGCCAUCAAAAUAAUUGAACUGAUACUGGCCAUUUUUGCGAUCGGUCUGGCGGUCGAUCCGAUGAACUCGUUCCAGCAAAUGUUCAACAGGCCGCGAUUCAAGCUCGACGAUGCCGCCACUAUUUACGUUACAGUCGCCGGCUAUAUCCUCAUCAAUGGGCUCUUCGUCAUCAGCCACAUGCUAGGCGAUCGCGUGCCAAAAAGAACGCUGAUAAUAUUCGCGUUCGUGGGCGCGAUUAUGCACCUGGUAGCCGGAAGCCUCAUGGUCCACAAUUGGCGUCAUAUGAACGGUUCUUCUCAUCAUUACGUGUACAACAACGAGAUCUAUGCUAGCAAGCAAUACGUGGACAUGCUUAUAUCCGCAGCCGUAUUUACGUUCGUAAAUGCGGUCGUAUUUGUCGUUGAAAUUAUCGCCAUAAUAAAAUGGUCAUCGUGAAUAUCAUGCGUAGAAGAUCCGACAAUCCAAAGGAGUUGAAGGACUCGCCAAAGUUACGAAUAAUUCGCUUCGAAGAAAGAAACAACAGAUCUUAAAUUUCCUUUUUUAAAGUUUAUUAUGAUUAACUGCACCAGUUUUUCGAAAUUUUGAGGAAGAAAUGCUAAAUCAAUGUAAUUUGAAUAUUGAGUAGGAAAAGUCCCUCAAAGAGAUUUAAUUAACAAAUUCAAACCAAAAAAAUAUUGCGUAUUAUCACAAUUUUAACGCAUAUUAUCUGCUUCGAAGAAAAAUGAUAAUUUUUUUUUUUUAAUAUUGACUUUGUAAAUUGAUCGACGAGCAAGAUUGUAUUUUAAAAAUGUAAUAAUAGUAUUAUAUAUCGUCACCAUAGUGUAGUAUAUAAGCAACAUCGUGUAUAUCGUUAUCGUUAGAAAAAUUAGUAAUAAUAUAAUAGAUUCGUAGAGAUAUAAUUAUGUAAGACAAGACUAAACGCGAAAUAGCAACGACUGCGUGUAAAAUCGCAAUUCGAAAAAAUUUAUUACCAUUCGAGCAAAGUAUUUAUUCGCGUGUGAAUCCGUCCAGUAAGUUUUGUAUUCAAAGAGCAUUUAUUUCUACAAAUUAUAUAUUUAAUAAACAAAUGUUAAAAAGCUUUUCUCUCUUGUAAGCAAAAUAAAAAAGAUAUUUCUUCUCACCCA